ACAACUUAAACGCAUCCUAGCUAGAGUAACUGGGAGUGCCUAUGCGCAUGCCCACAAACCAAUUAUCGUUUGACACUUCCUGGCCUGUUCCCUUAUUGAAACAAAAUACAUAAAGAUGGCAAUGAAAAGAAUCAAUAAGGAGUUGCAGGAUCUGGGAAGGGAUCCUCCUGCACACUGCUCGGCAGGUCCUGUCAAUGAUGAUUUAUUUCAUUGGCAAGCAACAAUUAUGGGUCCUCCUGACAGCCCAUACUCAGGAGGUGUUUUCUUUCUAUCCAUACAUUUCCCUACAGACUAUCCAUUCAAGCCUCCUAAGGUUGCAUUCACUACCAGAAUCUACCAUCCGAAUAUCAACAGUAAUGGCAGCAUCUGUUUGGACAUACUUCGUUCACAAUGGUCUCCAGCUCUCACCAUCUCAAAAGUGCUGCUUUCUAUCUGCUCUCUUCUUACGGAUCCAAACCCAGAUGACCCAUUGGUGCCAGAUAUUGCCAGAGUGUACAAGCAGGACAUUUCAGAGUUCAACAGGCAGGCCAAGCAGUGGACAGAGAAAUAUGCUAUGUGCUGAGGACUUGUGACCAGCAGCCCUUGCAAGAGGCUGUUGGCUGUUAUAAACUUUGUACAUUUUCAACAUCCACAGCAGGCAGGAGGGAUAAUGACUACAAUCCAGCACCACAGCUUCCUAGUCCAGGUGUACAAAAUGAAGAAUUAUUUUGUCAUCUGUGUUGUUGGCCAGGGAAAAUAGGGGUGAAAGAUGAUUUUGUGAAGCAGAGGAUGAACUGAUUUCACCAAAGCUUUCAUGAGCCUGAUGAAGGUGAAAGUCAUAGCAGAUGUUAAGGAACCAGCUUUGUGAUACAACGCAGACAUUCUUGAAAGGGAAAAUACAUGUUUUAAAUCUAAAAGUUUUUUUUUCUCCUCAGGCCUACAUUUACUUAAUGUCAGCUUCAGUAUUGCUCAUGUAGGAAAGUCAGUUUUGUCAAUAACCUGCACAGAACAUGUGCAGAUAUCAUAUAAAGAUAACAGCAUUCUGUUUCAUGAUUUCUUUCUUAAGUGUUUUUAGAUUGACAUUCCUUUUCCUAAAAUAUUUAAUUUGUAUCUUUAAAACAUAGAUUAUGUUUUAUUUAUAGUAAAUUAUGCACCAUUCACAGUGUGUUUCUUCCGUUUGACAGUUAAGUAGACAUGCAUUUCUAAGAACAUUACCUAACAGUACUGUUCUUUUAAUUAAUAUUGUUUGUUAUUUAUUUCUGCGCUCGAAUAGUUUUUAUAGUCUGAAGUUCUUUUGUGUUUAGGAUACUGUUAAAAAACUAGUUUAAAAGUAGGAAUUUUAUUGAAGAAAAAUUGGUAAGGAUUUAGCUGAUUGCACUGACAAAACUUCUUAAUUGUAUGGCUUAAAAAAAAAAAUUAAUAAUGAGAAGACAAGAUUUUAUAUACAGAAAAACAUAGUAUGUGUACAUGUAUAGCAAAAUGCUCCUUUUGUAUGUUAUAAAUAUUUCAGUAGUUUGACACAAUGUACACCACAUUUUGCUUAAUUCAUAUUCUUAGACUGUUUUUGCACAACAUAACUUGUUUUCUAUCCUCAUCCAUCAAGUUUGUGCUGAUUUUGCUUUCCUGUUGUCUCUAACCUUGGUUUAGUAAAUAUUUGGCUCUGCUUUCUUGUUCUUUAAGGUAGUCUCAGUUAAGCUUGUGUGGUAAUUGUGCUCCUUAUUUAUGACUGCUUUGGUACUUUUUGUGUGGAGAGUUAUACAAGUGCUUUUAUGUAAUAUGGUAUUAAGGUGCAGGUGGUGAUUUUUUCAUUUUUUUUAAACAUGAGUUAGUAGUCUUGUGUUUUUCACUUAAUAGUCAAUCAGCUGUUGCUACUUAAAAUUUUUGUUUGUGAUAAACGAAAAGUAACAUUAGAUUUGUCUGGUGAGCAUUUUCAUUUGUUUAUCAACCUGGUUUUUCAUUUGUUUGUCAACCCAUUGUUGGAUUGUCAUGUCAGUUUUAAGGUGAAAAAUGCUGGUACAGUAGGUUAGAAUAUAAGGUUGUAAAUGUUGUUUAACACUUCUGUUGUUUUAUUCUGAUGACUUGUUCUCUUAUGUUCAAUAUAAUGGUCAAUGAAAGAACAGUGGUUAGGAUUUUCCUGGUUAAAUCUCGAAAAUGAAUCUUUCCCUACUGGAGUGCCAAACAUACUAAAUAUCUUUGGAUUGGUCGCUCUCUGUAGUUUCAUACCAAACAGACAAACAAGAGGACAGCAUGUAGUAUGUUGUGUGGUACUCACUCUGCUGUAACCAUGCUUGAACUAAGGAAUUGGGCUUGAUGCUUGCUGCUGCCAUCCAGAAUGCGGUGGGGGUAGGACAAAGUCUUAUCACUAUUUUUAGGCAGCUUCUGCCUAAAGAUUUGUAUAUAAUUUCUAUGAAUUCAUUAAUGUUUAGUGUUUAUUUUUGGACUUAAGCAAAUUAUGAUGGCAGCAUAUAGUGUUACUACUUCAGUCAUUAUGAGAAUUUUUAUUUUGCUAUGGCAAAAAUUUGUUUUUCACUGGAGCACUUCUUUUUAACUUUCCUCUUAAGUCACUAGUAUUCUGCUGAUGGUGAGCAUAAAUUGUUCAGUUUUUAGAUUGUUUUUAAAAGUAAGUUGUUUGGCUAAAUUUUGUACAAAGCAAAUUAUGAAUUUUGAAAAUUAUGCAAACAUAAAAGAUUGAAAAUUUACAUUUUCUUUUAGUCACACGAGAUUUUUGGCAUGUCUUUAUUAUGUGCAGCAGCUUUUUUAAUUUUCAAAGAUAUAGGUCUUAUUGUGAUAAUGAGAAAGUAAAAAAUCAUUGUAUUGCUCUAGGUAAUAUGAUAAGUACCAGAAUUUUUUUGCUGUGUUUUGUUUAAUAUGGGGAUUUAUUUGAAAGCUUAAAGUUUUUAAAUAUCCAUGCAGUGUCUGUGCAAAUUUCUAGUGUGCUUGUUUUUAUUUGCUUAUAAGUUUUUAGGCUUAUUUAGUUUUAUUUUGCAAUUUUGAGGGGUUGAUUUUUACUGACACUAUUCCAAGGAUGAAAGUUGGUACUGAAUGCACGUUCAAGAUUUUGCACGUUGUUAUCUUUUAUCAUGUUGGUUCCAAACAGUUUCUGAUCUGAUUUACCAGGUUUCCUUCUGCAGGAUAAAAUUUGCUACACCUCAGCAAACUCGGUCAGCAAACUUCUUUUAUACAGUUGUUUAUUUUAUUGUGUGACACUGGCUGUAUGAUUAAUAAAAAAAAAAAAAAAUUCAUUCAUGAAAAGGGA